AUGGAAUACGACGUCGACCCCGACGACCCAGACAAGUCCGACGACGCCCAACUACGGUUCGUGCACAUGGCAUUCGAUCGGCUGGUCGACCACGCCAAGGCCGUUAUCACCCCCAGCGUGGUCACUUGGAAUGCUCUGUUCGAAGUGAACCGUACCGAGCUGUCGAAAGAGAGGACGAAGCCGUUCCACUUCCGGUUUAAGCCCGAAACACAGAGGAGGUACGGACUCGUAGUCAAGCAGCUGCUCGCUUACUUCACUGCGUAUAAUGCCGUGAUGGACCAUGCAGACGAUCUGGCCGAGGCUUGGAACGAGGGCGGCCGUGACCCGGACGCACCCGGGAUCGCCGGGCUUCUCGACGGGCUCGAGAUAGCCGUUCUCGAGUUGUAUAUCUCCGUUCUCGACCACUUUACCAAGGACUCCGAGUACGAUAGCGUUCUCGACUUGCUGUUCUUCGGCGCGUUCUCCGAACAGUCGGCGGCCGAACUAGGGCUGCCGGCGAUCCCGUGGGCCGAGCUCUUGGACAACGCGGCGGACGAAACGGUCGGGCGGUCGCUCGUACAGGACGACGGCUUACGGUCCCGGUGGGUCACGUCCACGAACGACGGCGGCUUAACGCUGCACCCCAUGCCGGCAUAUCGAUACGGGCUCCGGGUCGAGAAGGCGCUGGAGCUUCUGGCGGUUCUCGUGCACAUCAGCAGCGGGUUCCCGUUGCGGGCGUGGGAGCUUCUCGUGGUGCGGCACCGGAACACGUAUAACGGAGGCAUACGCAACAUCUUCUACGACCGAGGACUCGUUAUAGUCGUAACGGGGGCGUAUAAAGGCUUUACCACGAUAGGGCGACUCAAGAUCAUCUACCGCUUCUUACCGCACGAGGGGGACGAGACGCAGCAGGGGGGCGGACGGACGGUUCAGGACGGAGCAGGCGGGGACGAAGACGACAACGACGACAACAACGGCAUCGGGCGGCUCAGCGCGUUGGCUUUUGGGCAGAAGCUGAACAUCAGCAGCUGGCGGCAUAUCUCGACGGCCAUCGGGCGGCGGUACUUCCGCAACGCGUCGACGGCGCACACCAAGCUGCUCUAG